AUGCGUGUCACCAUCACUGCUGCUACCCUCCUCGCCUGGGUCUCCGCCGCCCUGGCUCAGACUGCUGGCUUCGAUGCCAUCUCUCUGCCCGCCAAGGACGAGUCCGUCUCGGCUGGCUCUACCUACACCGUCAAGUGGGAUUACUCUGCCACCUACGCUGGUACCGUUUCGAUCCAGCUGCUCCAGGGUGCUGAUGCCACCACUCUUCAGCUUGGACCUGUUGUUGCCAGCGGCAUUGACAACAGUGCCGGUUCUUACGCCUGGGCCGUCGACUCCGCCCUCGGUGCUGAUGCCACCUACGGCCUGAAGAUCACCUACGACUCCAACCCCGAGGUCUUCCAGUACUCCUUCCCCUUCCACAUCGCCAAGGGCACGGCGUCCUCCGCUGCGGAGACCACCGCCGCUCCGGCUACCACCGCCGCCGCCGGCGUUCCCGCCAACGUCAACGUCGAGUCGACCGUCUACUCCACCGAGCUGGUCACCAUCACCUCGUGCGCCGCCACCGUGACCGACUGCCCGGCCCGCUCCACCGUCGUGAGCUCCACCCUGAAGCCCGUCACCAGCAGCGUCGCCCCCGUCGCAUCUGCUCCUUCGGCUCCCGCCCCCGUCGCGUCUGCUGGCAGCUCGGUUCCCCCUCCCGCCCAGCCCCAGACCACCCUCACCCCGGUCUACCCCGUUGGUAACUCCACCACCCCCGGCGGUGCUGUCGGAACCGUCACCCUGAAGACCUCCUCCGUCGCUGCCGGCACUGGCUCCCUGCCCUCCGCCACCGCCACUGGCUCCGUCCCCGUCACCGCCAACGGUGCUGGCCGUGUUGCCGCUGGCUCCGUUGGUCUGUUCGCUGGUCUCAUGGCCGCCGUCUUCGCUCUGUAA